AGAUGAGCCAGGCAUCGGAUCCUCCUGCCGAUGCUCCUGUUGUGGCGGAAGCUGCACCUCCUCAAACUGAGAUCAAGCAGACAACAGAAGGGAAAAAAGAGGAGAAGAGAAACGCUGAGGAGGUACUGGAGGAAGAGGAAGAGGAGUAUGUUGUAGAGAAAGUUUUGGAUCGACGUCUGGUGAAAGGAAAGUUUGAAUAUCUUCUUAAGUGGAAAGGAUUCUCAGAUGAGGACAACACAUGGGAACCGGAGGAUAACCUCGACUGCCCGGAUCUUAUCGCAGAAUUUCUGCAAUCUCAGAAGAAGGCAAAUGAAUCAGGGAAGAGACAGGCUGAGCCUGAUACCGAUGGCGCCGGGGAGGAGAGCCGACCCAAAAGGAGAAAAGAUGAGUCAGAGAAACUGAGGGGCUUUGCUCGAGGUCUAGAUCCGGAGAGAAUCAUUGGAGCCACAGAUUCGAGUGGAGAACUUAUGUUCCUUAUGAAAUGGAGGAACUCUGAUGAGGCCGACCUCGUCCCUGCUAAGGAAGCGAACGUGAGAUGUCCGCAGGUCGUCAUCUCUUUCUACGAGGAGAGACUCACCUGGCACUCAUACCCCACAGAGGAGGAGGAGAAGAAAGACGAUAAAAACUAG